AUGAAUCUGGAUCCUAUGCAGCUGCUUACAGAAGAAACCAUUGAAAUGCCUCCGGGAACCUCUCUACCCACCUCAGGCACAGAUUCUUCAGCAUAUUGUGAGAACGUUCCUUCAGUCAAAGCAUUGCCAUUUGAACUCCCGCUACCUCUGUCUACGGAGACGGGGGGCCAUUUGCCCUCUGAUCUGUUGACGGAGAUGCAGAUGGUCGACAGCACAACUUUUGCGCCGCCUAGCCAAGCUCAGCUCAUCACGGCACAAAUAAAAUCGGCCGAAUUCAAGCAAUUCCACCAGGCUUGGCCACUGCUGCAUGUACCGACCUUUAAGGCCGAGACAACGAGUACACUACUGACGAGCGCUCUUAUGUGGAUGCAGAAUGCCAACCGACACCACCUGCUUCUUGAUGAGAUAAGCCAGAAAUUGACACGGGCAUUGAUAGUGAGAACAACAGAGCAAGACUUAACCGAUAAACCCGGGACGGAAACUCCAUUGCAAACCCUGCAGGCGCUGGUAAUCGCUUUGAUCUACGCAAUUUCGGUAGAUGCGUCAACAUCCACCUUGAACUGGUCUGCGCAAUGGAUCGACAUUGCCGUUUCGAUGUUUCGACGGCUGGGUAUCUUGAACAAUCAAUGGCUCCCUGAAGAUCAAGGACAGUUGGCAGAAGAACGAUGGGUGCAAGCAGAGCAGAUGAAACGACUGGUCUAUGCUGUCCUGCGUAUUGAUGCAUACCUGUGCAUCAUAUUGGAUCGCCCACCCACUCUCCGCUAUCAGGAGAUCCGACUAUCGCUCCCUGUCUCCGACGAGCUAUGGCGCGCUGAAACAAGAGAAGCUCGCACCCGCUUACACUGGUACGAGCCUGCAGGUCGGUCCCGAAGCGCCUUCUCGACCAUGAUGCGUGACGGGCUUGAAACACAGGGAUUUAUGACUGGGUACCUGCGCAUGCCGCGGCUGUCCUUGGAAGACAAUCACUUCAGUUUGUGUUCAUUCAUGUCUGAAUUAUGGGGAAUUUGCCGUGAAACUCAUGAGGAGCAUCAUCUAAGUUACCGAUCACCUGAGCUCAAUCGCACCGCGGAUCGCGUCCGUACAUGGAAGGGCUAUCUUCAAGAUUGGCGGGCCCAUAUAGAGCAAACAGAUGAUCUGGAACAUACAUUCUUUUCGGACUCGGCUGGAGAUGUAAGUCCCUUUCUCGGCCUCAAUCUCACUCUGCACCAUCUUGUCUCGCUCAAGAUGUAUGCCAACCUCAGGCUCCUGGAGUACAAGCGGUGCUGUAUUAACUGCCAUGAUGCCGACGUUGAGAAUGUGCUUCGUGCCUGGACCCAGUCUGCCGAUGGUCGCGAGGCUGUCUAUCAUGCUGUGCAGCUGAAAAAGAUCUAUGAGCAUCAAAGCACAUUAUACAAGUCGAGCGAUCACCGACUGGCGAACGUGCUCGGAUCUGCAGGCCUGCUGGCCAGUGCUGUCGUCCUCUGCUUCUACAGUACCAAGGUAUCAACUGUUGCUGCUGGAGGCAGAGGAACUGACAGCGAUGAGGCUAUCGUUGCAGAGAAUGGAAUAGAACUGGCGCAAUCGAAACUCGUAGGCACGCCCGACUACCAUACGUGGAUCUCGCAAGGUGGACUUGCAACCGUCAAUGGGGUGCCGUUACAUGUAUUCUCGGUGCCUCGUUUGUCAUCAUGGUAUCAUGAUGAGCUAGCGCCUUACCCAGCAUAUUCAUCACGGCUGGUAGAUUUCCUACUCACUUUGAAGACAUGA